CUGCAUAAGAUUUCAAAUGAAACUUAUGAAAAGCAAUUCAAAUGCUACAGAUGUGAUAAGGUGGGACAUGUAGCAUCUGAAUGCUGGAGCAAAGACCUAGAUUGCAGGAAAUGCGGGAAAAAGGGUCACAUUGAACGUGCUUGCAAGAGUAAAAGGAUUACAAACAACAAAAGAGAGCCUCAGCCACCAAAACGUGUUUGGAAAAAGAAAGGGGUGUAUAAUGUAGAAUACCAGAAUGACUCAUCUGGAGAUAGUAGCAGCUCAGAUGAUAGGAGAGUUCACAUACUGACCAUUAAGGGAGGGUCACAGGGGUACUCGGUUACUCCAUUAUUGGAAGGGCAACCCACUCACAUGGAGAUUGACACUGGGGCAGCAGUGUCAAUUGUAUCAGACCGCAUCUACAACAAGGCAUUAAAACAUCUGCCAUUAAAAAAGUCUAACAUCCUCUUAAAGACCUACACUGGUGAAACAGUGCCAGUCAGCGGCAUAGUUGAGGUAGGGGUCAAACUGAAUAAGCAAACAGCUACAUUGCCGCUCUACAUCGUGCAAGGCAAUUAUCCAUCUCUCUGUGGGCGUGCAUGGCUGGAAAAGAUGCGUUUUGACUGGUCAACCAUCUUCAUGAUCUCCAAGGCGGAACCAGGUCUAACCACAGUCCUAGAGAAGUACGCAGAGGUGUUUAAAGACGAACUGGGAAGCAUGAAGAACAUCAUGACUAAACUAGAUCUGAAGUCUGGUAGCAAACCAAGGUUCAUGAAAGCCAGAGCGGUGCCCUAUGCUCUUAGACCAAAAGUGGAAGCAGAGUUAAAAUCGUUAGUAGAGAGUGGCGUGCUUGAGCCUGUCAGUGUGAGUGAAUGGGCAACGCCCAUAGUUCCUGUAAUAAAAAAAAACGGAUCUAUCAGGAUUUGUGGGGAUUUCAAGGUGACAGUUAACCCUGUGUUGGAAGUGGAACAAUAUCCACUCCCUCUCAUCGAAGAUCUGUUUGCUGGCCUAGCAGGAGGAAAAAAAUUCAGCAAAAUUGACCUAAGCCAAGCAUACCUGCAAAUGCAUGUCGCUGAACAGUCACGAAAGCAGCUGACCAUCAACACUCAUAAGGGGCUAUACAGAUACUUCCGUCUGCCUUUUGGGAUCACAUCUGCCCCAUCUUUGUUUCAGCGAGCGAUGGAUCAAGUCUUAAGUGGUUUGUCUGGAGUACAGUGCUACCUGGACGAUAUCUUAGUCACGGGGAAGACUGAGGAAGAGCACUUGAGGAAUCUUGAGGCCACCCUGCAAAGACUGAAAGAAUAUGGACUCAGAGUCCGCAAGGCUAAGUGUGAAUUCUUUAAGUCUUCUGUGGAGUACUUGGGGCAUGUGAUUGAUGCCCAAGGCUUACACAAGGCUCCAUCAAAGGUCCGAGCCAUCACUGGGGCCCCAGCGCCACAAAAUGUAAGUCAACUACGUUCUUAUCUUGGUCUGCUUAAUUAUUAUGGAAAGUUUAUUCCUAAUCUGGCAUCCAUGUUGAAGCCUCUCCAUCAGCUUUUGUGCCAAGACAAGGUGUGGAAAUGGACAGCUCAAUGUGAUCAGGUGUUUGCACAAACCAAAGAAGCUUUAGUGAAAUCAGAGGCAUUGAUACACUUUGACCCCUCACUUCCGCUACAAUUAGCCUGUGAUGCAUCGCCUUAUGGCAUAGGUGCCGUAGUGUCACAUAUACUGGCAAAUGGUGAAGAAAGACCAAUAGCGUUUGCGUCACGCUCACUCAACAAGGCCGAAAGCAACUACGCCCAAAUAGAGAGAGAGGCCCUAGGGAUAGUUUUUGGUAUCCGGAAGUUCCACCAAUACUUGUUUGGGAGGAAGUUCACUCUUCUAACAGAUCAUCGCCCUCUCACCACCAUUUUUGGGCCACACACAGGGAUUCCGUCAUUGGCUGCGAGUCGGAUGCAAAGGUGGGCAUUGAUUCUCUCCGCUCACACAUAUGACAUUAAGUACCGAAAGUCUGAACUGCACUCAAAUGCUGAUGGUCUCUCCAGACUGCCAUUGCCUGACACUCAUGUCAUGUCUAAGCAAGCAGACAUCUUCUACUUCCAGCAGGUAGACGGGACACCAAUCACCUGUACACAAGUGAAACGUCAGAGCAGAAAUGACCCUGUGCUCUCUAAGAUGAUUGAUGUCGUAGUGAGUGGAAGGAAAGUGGAGAGUUUAGCGGAACUGAAACCGUAUCUCUCAAGGAUGAAUGAACUCUCAGUCCAAGCAGGAUGUCUGUUAUGGGGGCAGAGGGUAAUCAUUCCACCAAAUCUGAGGGAAGCACUGCUACAACAGUUACAUUCAGGGCACUGUGGAAUGGUUCGCAUGAAAGAACUGGCGAGGAGCUACUUCUGGUGGCCAGGACUCGAUGGUCAUAUUGAAGACAGGGUGAAGUCUUGUGGCUCAUGUCAGAGCGUCCGCAACACACCACAGUUAGCCCCUCUGCACCCAUGGGACUGGCCUGAGGAAGCAUGGCAACGGAUACAUAUCGAUUUUGCCGGCCCAUUUGAAGAGAGAAUGUUGCUGGUAGCUAUUGAUGCACAUAGUAAGUGGCCAGAAGUGGCAAUUAUGAGAUCAACCACAGCCCAGAAAACAAUUGAGAAGCUGGCGGAAAUGUUCAGUCGUUUUGGUUUUCCAGAACAGCUGGUGAGUGACAAUGGUCCGCAAUUUGUCUCUGCAGAUCUUGCCAAGUUCCUUGAAAGGCACGGAAUUCAACAUAUACGGUCUGCUCCAUAUCACCCCGCUACUAACGGAUUAGCAGAAAGAUUUAUUCAGAGCAUGAAACACUCACUCAAGGCUUCGCAAGGACAAGGUUCCCUCCAUCAACGACUGCAUGCUUUCUUGUUGUCAUACAGGAAUGUGCCACAUGGAACGACAAAAGAGUCUCCAUCAACACUUCUGAUGAAAAGACGUUUGCGUACCAGCUUCGAUCUUCUGAAACCUCCCAAGAUUAAGUCGGUGGUGUGGCGUGAACAACAGGCGCAGAUACAAAGGCGGCAGAAGACGGCAAGAGACGAAGUCUUCUGUCCUGGAGACCCGGUGAUGGCACGUAAUUAUACAAGUGGUGCAAAAUGGGUUCCAGGCACAAUAAUUGCACAGACAGGUCCUGUGUCUUACACGGUCCAAACAGCUGAGGACAGGGUCUGGAAGAGACACACAGAUCAACUGCUACAGGGAACAGCAACUCCAGUGUUGUCUUCACCUGGGGGGUGUCCACAACCAGUGCCACAACUUCCCACUGAGGUACCUACUACCAUCAGUGUGCCAGCACAAAUUCCACAGUCUGCUACAAUCGCUCUAGACCCAGUUUCUCCAAUGGCUGAGUCUAUGUCAUCCCCAUCUACACCGGUGCCACUGCCUGGCAACCCCGGUGUAUCCUCACCCAAAGAAGUGACUGUUCGUCGGUAUCCAGUCAGGGAACACCGACCACCAAACCGUUUGAAGUAUUAGAUAUGUGACAUACCCAGUGCUGUGGGGCAGAAUAAACCCCAGGGAAAUGUCUGGAUUGGAGGCAGUCUACCCUCAUUUCCGUAGCAUAGCCUAGAUAAAAAAAACACACAUGGUAUUGUGAAAUGUUGGUGCAUUAAAUGGUGAUGGUCUCAUAAUGAUAUUAAGAUGGUGUGGUUAUGGGUAGAGUUAGUCUGUAAGUGGGGUUUGUUAUUUGUUGGAUUUCAAGUGGUAUUUUUCAUUUAA